UCUAGUGUUGUCCGGCUGCUCGGAUGACAUUGGAGCCAAAGACAGAGAGAGACAGAGAAAAGAGUGGAAGAGAGAGAGAGAGAUGGAAUGAGAAGAAGUUAAGGGCAACCAACACUGAGCUGAUUUCAUUGCCGUGCCAGUGACUCUGCAGAUGAUUUUACAGGAGCACAGCUGACCACAUCAUCCACCACCCCUCCCUCUUCCUCUCACCUUGCUGCCUCGUCGACCUCCCUACGACCAUGCAGGAGGUCACCAAGGUCACGCCACCUGUCCUGGAGCGUCGGGCUCGCCAGCGACAGACCACAGCUUCAGUCCUCAAAUCCAAGCUGAAGCAAGGCGUGAGCUGCACGGUGCCCAGAGUCCGGUCCACCUUGAGCGGGUUCUUCCCCGUUGUGCGCUGGCUGCCUAAAUACAAGUUCCGCGAGUACGUCUGGGGCGAUGCGAUGUCCGGCGUGAUCAUUGGCAUCAUCUUGGUGCCGCAAUCCAUCGCCUACUGCCUGCUGGCAGGAGUGGCGCCCAUCUAUGGAUUAUACACCUCCUUUUACGCCAACAUCAUCUACUUCCUCAUGGGCACGUCCAGACACGUCUCUGUGGGGAUCUUCAGCCUCAUGAGCCUCAUGGUUGGACAGGUGGUGUAUAAGGAGAUGUUCCUGGCGGGUUUUGACCUCAAUGAGGACUCCAAAGCAUCUGAUGUGUUAAAUGACACACUGGGCACCAACCUCACUGCUGGCAAACUUCACAGUGUUGAGCUAAUGGGUAUGCAGUGUGGGAAGGAGUGUUACUCCAUCAGCAUCGCUGCUGCCCUCACCUUCCUGGUCGGCGUCUAUCAGCUCGUGAUGGCCGUGUUCCAGUUGGGCUUCGUCUCUGUAUACCUUUCGGGUCCAAUGCUCGACGGUUUUGCCACGGGAGCCUCUUUCACCAUCCUCACCGUGCAGGCUAAAUACCUGUUGGGUCUCAAGAUCCCCCGUCACCAGGGCUACGGCACAGUCGUCGUGACCUGGAUCAACAUCUUCGCCAACAUUCAAAGUGCCAACAUGUGUGACCUCAUCACGAGCAUCAUCUGUAUCUCUGUAUUAGUGGCAGGUAAAGAGAUCCAGGAGCGCUUCAAGGAUCGUCUUAAGAUCCCUCUGCCGACUGAGCUGAUAGUCGUGGCAGGAGCUACACUGGCCAGCCAUUUUGGGGAGCUGAACAUCAAAUAUGGCACCAGUGUAUCCGGUCACAUCCCCACAGGAUUCAUUUCUCCCCAGGUGCCCAGCUUUAGUUUGAUGUCACGGCUGAUACUGGAUGCCAUUCCUUUGGCCGUCAUCAGUUUUGCCUUCACGGUGUCGCUGUCCGAGAUGUUUGCGAAGAAAAAUGGCUACACGGUCCGUCCCAACCAGGAGAUGCUGGCCAUCGGCUGUUGUAAUAUCAUCCCCUCCUUCUUCCACUGUUUCACCACCAGUGCAGCAUUGGCAAAAACCAUGGUGAAGGACUCAACAGGCUGCCAGACACAGAUUUCCAGUCUGAUCAGCGCCAUGGUUGUCCUUCUCGUCCUUCUGUUCUUUGCGCCUUUCUUCCACGCCCUCCAGAAGUGUGUUCUUGCCUGUAUCAUCAUCGUGAGCCUUCGUGGGGCACUGAGGAAGUUCAUGGACGUCCCGGCUAAGUGGCGCGCCAGCAGGAACGACGGCAUCGUGUGGCUGGUCACCAUGGCGGCCACGACUCUGAUCAGCGUGGAGGUGGGCCUCGUGGUCGGAAUAUGCUUUUCCAUGAUUUGUGUCAUCUUUAUGACCCAGAACCCGAAGGUCUCUCUCCUGGGCCGAGCCAAUGACACUGAUCUGUACGAGGACUUGGACGAGUACAAGAACCUGAUGGCGCCACCUCGGGUUCAGGUAUUCCGUUUCCAGGCUCCGCUGUAUUACGCAAACAAGGAAUCAUUCCUCAAAUCCCUCUACAACGCUGUCGGAGUUGAACCUUUCCUGGAGCUGACUAAGAGGAGGAAGGCAGAGAAGAAGGCCAAGGGGAUGUCCUCAAAGCUGGGCAAGGCGAAUGGGGAUAAAAGCACCUCAGACGUUAUUGUAGGACUUGUACAAAGAGAACUGGCUUUCCACACAAUCGUCUUGGACUGCUCCGCCAUAUCCUUCAUGGACACAACGGGCAUGGACACAUUCAUAGGGCUGGUCAAUGAAUACAGAGAGAUAAGUGUGAGCGUGCUCCUCGCGAACUGCAACACCGGAGUCAUCGAUACCUUGCAGAAAGGACAAUUCUUUGGGAAAAAUGCCAAAGACAUGAGCAGCCUGCUGUUUCACAGCGUUCACGCGGCAGUCCUUCACGCAAACAGUACAUACGCUGCAGCAGAAAGACGCUCAGAAGAUUCUGUGGUUUAGAGCAGCUGGAGGAAGAAGGGAUUUGGGUAAGCUGUCAUGAUUUGAGGUAUGCUCUUGUCAUGCCAUCUAUGACAAUACUGCAAUCUGAAAGGGAGCUUCAAGGUCAUAUUUAGGAAGCUCUGUUCCAGAAAACAUGGGGUACCCAAGUGGAUUCAAUAAGGAAGAGUAUCAAGUAAUUGGUUUGAGCCCGUUCACUAGAUGGAUAUUUGGUUCUGACAUAUUAUAUAACUGUUUUCUCUAAAUACACUGGCAUUUUAAUAUCAGUUCUAGCAACAACAUCUAUUUUGUGUAGACCAUUUUGUUAGCUUGGUUUGUAAAUGCUCCCUCUUAACUGUGCUCUACGGACACCUUACAAAACAUAUGAAAAUACAGCAUGUGGUUCAGCAAACCUCUGCAAUCCAAGCUUUGUGUCACCCAGCAGAUUUUUUCAUGUAAUGUUUUCAAUAAAGGAGACCCAGAAAUGACCUGCCGCCAGCAGGCAAUGGAAGAAGAAAAAAUCUUGACAGCCAAUCUCUCUAAUUAGUUUCUAUUAAAUGAGGAUUAAGAUCUGUAUCACAUAACACAUGUAUGACCCUCGAUUGAAAGCAACGUUGACUGCAACAAAAGCUGUUUUAACUUUUUAUUUAGCUUGAAGCAUUUGGCCAAAGUCAAUAAUGGUCCUAAUCCCGGGGUCCAAAGUUCACACGUGAACAUACAGCCACGAUAAACAAUAGUCCCCGCUCUUCCAGCUGUGAGAUUGGAGCUCUAAACAUUCCUAAAGGCCAGUUAAACUCUUCCCGACUGAAAGAAGAAGCACUGGGUGGUGGCUCACGAGGAGACAGCCUGGCCUUGUGAAGCUUAAGAGCUCGGCUCAUUGCAGCAGGCUUGUACUCUUGCCCCGUUCUCUGGUGACCCGGCCGUGGCCGUCGUAUCUGCUCCUGGAUCUAUUCUCGUAAACAAUAAAGGAUUUACACUCAUCUGUAUCUCUUCUCAGGUGCUGUAUGAAAACGAGUUAUCAUUUGGUGCUUCUGAAAUGUAUGUCUAGAGCGAUAACAGAAGAUGAUGCCAUGUGUUUCGUCAACAUGCUGCAUCACUGGUUUGUUCAAGUGUUUUGUGACUGCCCAAAUGAGAGCAGAUUUAGUCUCUUUGUUAUUAAAUCACUGUUUUGCCUUUUGUCUUUUAUUCAGUUGCUGCCGAGUGCACAACUUGUUUUGAAAAGUACCCCCGAUUUAUGUAAUACUUAAAAAAGGAUAUAUUUUUACUUUUGUCAUAAAGUUUUUAUUAACUGCCAUGGUAUUAAAAUAUUUAGAAAAACUUAACAUUUUAUAUUUGGUCAUCAAAUGUAAAACAUGUAAUGACGAUGUUACCGUCUGCUCGAGUUUCAUUGACAGUGUUGACAUUCAACACUCCUACAGUACAAAAACUGCCUUAUUGUUCAAUACUUGAAUUAAACUGAUGUGUUUUUAGUGAAGA